GGGCGUGGCCGGCACUGCUGCACCGAGACUCCGCCUCCGCCCAUCCCCUUCGCAAGAGGGACGCAAGCUGGGAGGAAAGGGGGAGUCGAGGAGGCGGCGGCGGCGCUGGAGGGCUCCUCUCGGGCACCGGCCGACCCGGGGAGCGAGGAUAUCGCUCCGCACCACUCUUCCGCCUGCCGCCAAGCCGUCCCUUCUCGCUAUGUCCCAGAGCAGGCAUCGCGCCGCGGCCCCGCCGCUGGAGCGCGAGGACAGCGGGACCUUCAGUUUGGGGAAGAUGAUUACAGCUAAGCCAGGGAAAACACCAAUUCAGGUAUUACACGAAUACGGCAUGAAGACCAAGAACAUCCCGGUUUAUGAAUGUGAAAGAUCGGAUGUGCAAAUACACGUACCCACUUUCACCUUCAGAGUAACCGUUGGUGACAUAACCUGCACAGGUGAAGGUACAAGUAAGAAGCUGGCGAAACAUAGAGCUGCAGAGGCUGCCAUAAACAUUUUGAAAGCCAAUGCAAGUAUUUGCUUUGCAGUUCCUGACCCUUUAAUGCCUGACCCUUCUAAGCAACCAAAGAACCAGCUUAACCCUAUUGGUUCAUUACAGGAGUUGGCUAUUCAUCAUGGCUGGAGACUUCCUGAGUAUACCCUUUCCCAAGAGGGAGGACCUGCGCAUAAGAGAGAAUAUACCACAAUUUGUAGGCUAGAGUCAUUUAUGGAAACUGGAAAGGGGGCAUCAAAAAAACAAGCCAAGAGAAAUGCUGCUGAGAAAUUCCUUGCCAAAUUCAGUAAUAUUUCUCCAGAGAACCACAUUUCUUUAACAAAUGUAGUAGGACACUCUUUAGGAUGUACUUGGCAUUCCUUGAGGAAUUCUCCUGGCGAAAAGAUCAACUUACUGAAAAGGAGCCUCCUCAGUAUUCCAAAUACAGAUUACAUCCAGCUGCUUAGUGAAAUCGCCAAGGAACAAGGUUUUAAUAUAACGUAUUUGGAUAUAGAAGAACUGAGCGCCAAUGGCCAGUAUCAGUGUCUGGCCGAACUCUCCACCAGUCCCAUCACAGUCUGUCACGGUUCCGGGAUCUCCUGUGGCAAUGCGCAGAGUGAGGCAGCUCACAACGCUCUGCAGUAUCUAAAGAUAAUAGCAGAAAGAAAGUGAGCCCGAAGCAACCCCAAAAGCCCUCGGUAGCACAUAAGAAAUCCCCCUUCACCCCUUCCCGAGUAAAACGUUUACUACACUUGAGUUUGUGUGUUGUUUCUAAAUUUCUUCAUAGAUUCCAUCAACACUCCAGGUUUAAUGAUCUCCUAGUAGUUAUUAAGCUCUUUUUAAUGGCUUCAACUUUGUAUUGGUAUAUUGUAUUUAUAAACUUUGUACCAUAAGCAGAGUGUAGCACCCAGGUUACAAUGCCAUGUACAUACAGGGAAGAAACUGCAUGUUUGUUGCUGAUGAUGAAGAUGAAGAUGUCGAAGAAACAAAACUGCUAGCAACAGUCGUUCUUACUGGUGCUUAACCUCUUUGCGCAAGGCUUUGUACAGGGAAUUCGAAGGAAGCCCCUUAGAGUUGGGAGGAACACGCUAACAAGCGUUUAUUGAAUGUGAUUAUUGAAUUUCAGGGAACAUGAUUGGUCUGUGCAUUUGAAUCCAUGUAAUAAAGAGCUGUUGUUGUAACAGGUUCCACUCGUUUUAUUAAAGCAUUACUGACCUGACCAUGGCCCCUUCUUUGUAGCCAUUCUUGGGAGUGACAUGAUGUGGAUGCUCUGUUACUUACCUAUAUCUAGUGUACUUCUCAAAGUCAAAGUUGAAAAAACACCCAUGGUCUAAGCAAAAACGUACAAA